UCCGACACACUCGCCCACUGUCACAGUGUGCUCUGGACUCUACACUGAACGGAUUACCGGUAUCGUUAUCGUUCAUCAUGGAUUUGAAAAUCUUGGCGGUUAUGUCUGUGCUUGCUGUGGCGACAUACGUUCCUUUCGCACAAGCUAAGCCCAUCAGUAUGAUGGAGAGGUGCUGGUGUCGUUCUACAGUUAACACCGUCCCCCAGCGCAACAUCCGAGAACUGAAGUUCCUACACACACCCAACUGCCCCUUCCAAGUGAUUGCCAAGCUGAAGAACCACAAGGAGGUGUGUAUCAACCCCGAGACCAAGUGGCUGCAGCAGUACCUGAAGAAUGCCCUCAACAAGAUGAAGAAAGCCAAGCAGACCAACUAGAGAGCCUGCAGGAAGACCGCCCAACAGAAACAGUGCCAAGUGAAGGUCUACACUCCUCUUGCACAGUAGCUUACAUUUUUAUCUAAAAAGGGAUCAUAUUAAAAAAAGAAAAUCUACAGAUCUACACAACCUACAUUUUCAAAGUGAAAGUUAUAUAUUUUUUUAAAAGCAAAGAUGUCUUCACACCACAGAGAUAAUACUUGGUGGAAGCGCCUUUGUCAGCUAUUACAGCUGUGAAUAAUUUUGAAUAAUAUUCUACUAACUUUGCACAACUCGUAGGACAACAUACUGUAUGCCAUUGUUUUUGUCAAAAUAGCUCUAAGUCAAUACAUUUGGUUGGGGAUCAUUAAUGGACAGAAAUAUUCAAACAUUGUCUCUGAUUUUCAAGAAAACGUAAGUCAGGUCUAGACCACUCAGCAACACUCAACACCUCUUGGAAACCAAUUCUGGUGUCUUUGACAUAAAACAUUGUUGUAAUUGUCUUUCUGAAAAAUACUGAGGUAGGUUUUCCUUUAACUUUUUACCUGGGGUUUGCUCCUUUCAUAUUUGUUUUGACUUUGAUUCCCUCUUUUCGCUUUGUCAUACAGGCCAGUAAUGUGAAGGGAAUACACUGUUGUUGAUCCCUUUGUUUUUUGUAUUGUGGCGGCAGCAUCAUGGUAUGGGUAUGCUUUUGUCAUCGGCAAGGACUGGGGAGUUUGUCAGGAUCAAAAUAAAUAUGAAAGAAGCAAAGCCCAGGUAAAAUGUUAGAGGAAAACCUGAAUCGAUCUUCUGAAAACCCAAUCCUUGGAUAGUUUUAUUUUUCUGUGGGUCAGUUACACAAUUUGUUAUGCCAAACACACACUAUAAUGGCUUUCUAAGAGGUGUUGAAUGUUCCUGAAUGGUCCAUUCUCUCCUGACUUAAAUGUGCUUUAAACUUAUGAGACCAGGUUUGAAUAUUGCUGUCCAUCAAUGAUUCCCACGCAAAUGCAUUGAGCUUGAGCAAUUUUGACAAAAACAAUGGAUAUAUGUUGCCCUAAGAGUUGUGAAAGGUUGGUAGAAUCUCAUUCAAAAUAUUUACAUCUGUAAUCGCUGCCAAAGGUGCUUCCACCAAGUAUUUACUUUGGGGUGGGAAAACACACAAUCAAUACAUCCUCAUUUUGUGUUUUUCAGUCAUUUUAUUUUUUUUAUAUCAAAUGUGGAGUAGGUUCAGUAGGAAACAAAUCUAAUGUAAUCCCUUUUUUAGAUGUAAUUUUAAGGCAAAUUGUGAAGGGGUGUGUAGACUUUCACUAGCGGCUGUAUGUAAUGUGAGGCGUAUAGCGUGUAACAUCUACUCACCUGGCACGCACGCUGAACAGCACUUAUCCUGUCCAUCACGGAACCUUCCAACCCAUGGCUUGCCAAAACCACCACCUCUGUUACCUAUGCUACCAUAACCACCUGUACCCCUUAUAGAAUCCACCCCUAUUAGCGCCAAGUGAAAUUAUAUCUGUGCAUGUAUGUUUUUAUCUAUGAUGUAUAUACCGUUUUUUUACUAUCCUGAUUGGUAAAGAUUUUUGGAGUUGUUUUGGCCACUGGCUUCUCUGUCAUUUAGGAAUUAGAACUGUUCUUUAGGUAGGUAUUGAUGGGGCUGAGAUGUGGAGAGGAAGGAAAGGAAGAGAUAAUGCAGGAGGGUUCAUGACAGAAUUCACAACUCUCAAUCCAACUCUAUCAGCUUGUCCUGGAGAGUGUACAAGGUUCAGCAAUGCAAAAAAAAAAAGAUCCAAGAGGCAUGGGGAUGUUCACGUGUGCAGGGCAGCGCCACUAGAACACACUUACAGUACGUCUGCUUAAGAACACACAGGAGUGAAUGGACAUCCCUGUCUAGUACCGACUCAACCAAUAUUUUUUUGUUUUGUAUCCAGCCAUGCUGGAUGUUGAAGUAUUUUAUAUAAAGAGUCUUAAUGUGAAGCAUAGUCUGUGAUGUUAUUCUCUGAGCAACUUUCGUAAUUAGCAACAUUUAGAGUCAGAACUCUGCUUAUUGAGCGACCAAUGAAAAAGUAGUAGUCCGUAACCGCGUCAUGGUUAUGGAAACAUUAAAGGUAGUACGUCCAGAUUUUAUUAAAGGAACAGUUAAUCCAGACUACCAUAAAGGGAAAGUUCAGUCAGAUAACUAACAACCCACGGCUUGCCAACGUCGUAGUUCAGGCUUGCCAACGUCGUAGUUCAGGUUCCCCUUUAAUUCUGACAUUGACUAGUCCCGUACAGUAUGAACUAAAAUCCUGGACAACACAUGCAGUGGGUUAACCAACUGAAAUUUGUUGUCAGACAGACUACCACGUCAAUGUGUCAUGAAACAUUAUGGAAAUUAUAAAGUUUCAUAUUUAGCAAACCAGACACUAUGAAAAGCAAAUCUAUCAGCAGUUUUAGUGUGCUAGCGUUAGUAGCAGUAUAGCAAUAGUAAUAGUAGAAAUGGUAAUAGCAGAUAGAUUGGCUUGACUACCUAUUGAUGUCAUAUACUGUAUGUUAUUUUGGAUACCGAUGCACUUUACAUCCAACAUAUUCAUUCAUUAACAAUACGUAAGUUUAGAAUGUUAUAAUGAGAACAAGAAUAUGAUCCACACUGUUGGUCUACUACAGUUAGUCAACUGUUGUUUUUCUAAUUGUCUUUAGUGGUAUAAUACUUUACUUUUACUUUACUUUUUCAUAUAACAAUCUUAAGCAUGAGAUACAUCACAUUUUCAUUUUGAGUGAAAACAAAUAUUAUAAGAAAUAUUAUAUUUUUGUAGUUUUUAUACGUCAAACACAAGUUCAUAUGCUAGAAUGUAUAAUGUCUCCAGAUCUUUUCACAUGAGCCAUUUCCUCUGAUGUAACGUCAUUUCAAUGUUAAACUAGAUUGUUGAGUAAAAUGUAAUCUUUAAAUAAAAAGUAUUAAUUUUUA